AUGGAAGAAUGGUUGGAAAGUUUUCGCAUGACAAAACUCAGCUUUUCUGAAUUAUGUAAUAAACUCAGAAAUGAAUUAGAACCAAAACCACAAUAUCUGAAACCAAGAGAACCUUUAUCUGUUGAAAAACAAAUAGCUGUGGCUUUAUAUAAAUUAGCUAGCACUGCAGAAUAUAGAGUUAUUGGCAAUACGAUGGGUAUCCAUAAAUCAACUGUUAAAAAGUGUGUAUAUAAAGUAGUUAAAGCUAUUAAUCAAAUUAUGCUUCAAAAUUAUAUAUACAUGCCUCAUGAAAAGGAGGCUAAAUUUAUAGCUCAAAAUUUUGAAGAGAAAUGUGGUAUUCCACAAAUUAUUGGCAGCAUUGAUGGGACUCACAUUAAAUUAUUCCACCAAGUGAAGGAUAAUAUUGUGGCAAAACAUCCGGGAAGUUAUCAUGAUGCUGCUGUUUUAAAAGAUAGUACUCUUUAUAAGAAUUCUAAUACAAUAAUACCUAAGGAAACUCAAAACAUUAAUGGAAUGGAAAUACCCUUUAUGAUAGUUGGAGAUCCUGCUUAUCCGUUAUUGCCAUGGCUUUUAAAAGGAUAUUCUGGUUCAUUAUCAGCAGAGCAAGAAUCUUUCAAUGUAUAUUUAAAUUCUGCUCGAGUGUCUGUCGAAAUGGCUUUUGACAGAUUAAAAGCAAGAUGGAGAAUUUUGCAUCAAAUUAACUGUGACUACAUAUUUGCGCCAGAAAUAAUUGUAGCUUGUUGUAUAUUGCAUAAUUUUGUUGAAAGCAAACAAGAAAGAUUCUAUUCUGAAUGGUUACAAGAAGCUGAACAAUUACAACUCUUAACACCGCAACCAACAUGUGCAACUAAUUAUCAAAGAGAUUCAGUACAAGCUGUUAUUGCAAACCUUAAUGUUGCGAAUAUCUAUUGCCGCGAGAGUCUGGAUACGGUGACCGGUGACAAGAGCCAACAAGGUAGCUAA